AUGUCCCAGCUUCCGAGAGAUGCCAAAUCUCCUCAGCCGAAUAUUCUGGCUUGGUCACUAGACACAGUGCAAGAGGAGGAGAGAAAUCACCCAAAUGUAACCAUUCCUGAUAUGCUCUCGGACGCGGAUCCUGAAUACAACCUUCCUCAGGCGUCCACAGAAACAUUCGGAAAGAUACUGGAAGAAUUGUUUGAAGAGAUUCUGAAUACACUGAGAAAUUUUGACCACUUUGGACGUUUACAUUCUCCAAGCAUCUUCCUUGUUUAUGCACACGACAAGCCAAAUGCUGGAAAUGCCCAUGUAUCGUGUGUGCACCACCUCAUCAAAUGGCUGCAGAAGGUUGGAGCCCAGAUACUCUCGGAUCGUUCGCCACUCCUGGAGGUGUCGAACCGUCAAAACGGGGGUGAGGCUGUCCGGGACAUCCUCGCCAAUCAAAUAUGCCUCCUACCACCGGUACACGGCAGUGCUGGCGACAAAGAGGUCAUCAGCAGUGUCGACAAGGUUUUACUAUGCGGCUCUGAUGUGCUGCGAGAGUACUGUAAAGGUGGUCUCGACUCCGGUUACAUCGAUGCCGUCGAACGGUUAUGUACCGAAGAAUAUAACCGAGGAAUCUAUCCAGAGAAUUUACAAGGUCGCAUUCGACAAGUGAUGAAUGAAUUCCAAAAACGUGGCGAAGUUCACCAUGUGCAUACCGAGCUUGCUUUCCUUCGAGUCCGAUAUCAGCGUGCCAACACGAACGGUCACGGGAUUAUUCCGGUCGCACUCAAUGGAGAUUUGAUGGACUAUGUACAACUUUUCGAGAACAGCAAUCUUGUUCUUAAGCUCAAAUCUACUACAAAGCUACUCGACCUACAUAAACUUUUCUUCAAAGUCCUCCGACAGCUAUUUACAGAUCAUUUACAGGACAUCGACGAAUUUGAAAACUGCUAUGAUGCAGCCUACGAUCGCUUCAGCUCAUCUACAAAUGACCGGGCGGAACCUGGAAUAAUGAUCAAGACGGCAAUCCGCAAUGCAGUAGAACGCUGUAAGAACCGUGUGAUUGCCAAUCGCCGCGAAUGGGAUCGAAGGGAGGAGUCGAAAACUCGAAAUCGGACGGGUCAGUGUGUAUCUGCAAUUGCUUUCUCUCUAAUGCUUAUCUUGUUACCAGGAAAUGAUAGUCUACUUGAAGACGCGAUCAGACAAUCCCUUAGUAGUCUACGCGCCACUGAUCCAGAGCUUGAUAUGACGAGAAUUGAACAUUCGAAGGACGCACUGCUCAAGAACUGCUACGAGUGGAUUCUCAAUGAUUCUGUUCUUCAGGAAUGGCGAGAUGGCGACACAAGUCCACUUCUCUGGAUCCAAGGGGAACCUGGAAAAGGAAAGACAAUGCUGAUGAUUGCCCUUGCCCGCGAAUUAGUGAAGAAUCCUCCUCGACGUCCCUGUACGGUCACCUAUUUCUUUUGUCAGGAGACCGAUCCUCGACUCAACACCGCUUCCUCCAUUUUACGUGGCCUAAUCUGGAGCCUUGCUAUGAAAGAUGCUCAACUGGCCCACACCUUCCACACUAUGUACCAGUCUAAAUCUAAUCAACUUGACGGCUCCAAUGCGAUAUUUGCACUGUUUUCGACACUGGCAGCAAUGCUGGAGGGUUGUCCCGGAGCGUUCAUUCUUAUUGACGCAUUGGAUGAAUGUAGCUCUGGAACCGAGCGAGAACAACUCCUUCAUCUCAUCGUGACGCACGCUAAAUCUUCAAAGACUAAAUGGCUCCUAUCUAGUCGCAACGAUGCCGACAUUAAGCAAGUCUUAAUACACGACGGCCGGAUGCUCAGUUUAGAGUUAAAUGAAGAGCACAUCUCCAGAGCGGUUACUGCCUUCAUUGAAGAAAAGACGAAUGAACUUGCAAAGAAAAACACAUACAGCUUAGAGCUUAAAGAGAUGGUUAAGAAAGACUUAGUCGCCAAGUCAGAUUCGACUUUUCUUUGGGUAGCUUUAGCUUGCAAAAGGCUUCUCAAAGUCCCUGCAUGGAAAGCACCCUCCACACUACAGGAUCUGCCACCGGGCCUACCAGAACUCUAUUCACGAAUGCUGGAUCAGGUAUUUCAAACUCAGGUUGAAGAGGGCCGCCAUUAUUGUGUGGCCAUCCUUCGUUCCGUGACGCUGACAUUUCGACCUUUAUCGAUGGAAGAACUGAUCACCACGGCGGGACUUCCGUCAGAGCUUCAGGCUAGUGACCUUUUACAUCUGAUCGAGCUUUGUGGUUCCUUUGUUACCGUUCGGAGAGGCAUCAUUUAUUUUAUUCAUCAAUCAGCCAAAGACUAUCUGGUUACUGGCGGCGCUCCGAAACUCUUUUCUACUUGUGUCCAAAAGGAGCACGGCCUUCUCGUGCGUCGUUCUUUAGACUCCAUGCUAAAGACUCUGAGAAAAGACAUGUGUAAUCUCAGGCACCCUGGCGCACCGGCACACUCGGCUUCAAUCAAUACUCACCUACGGUCAAUCAGCUAUGUCUGCUCCUUUUGGAUAGAUCAUCUCGUAAAAUAUCUCGACGAUGACCUCAUUGAUGACCCCAUUUAUCAAGAGUACUUCUCGGAUCAAGGUCGCGUUCACAGAUUUCUUCUUGAGCACCUCCUUCAUUGGUUCGAGGCCCUUAGCCUUAUAGGCGAAGUUGAUCGAGGAAUUAAUGGGCUAUAUAGCCUAGAGCGGAUGAUUCAGCAGAAACUAACAAAGUCGUCAGUACCCGAUCCUCCUCGCAGCAUUAAAGGUUUCAUACAGAUAGUUAAGAGAGAACGAACAAGGCCAUCGUCAUCCGAAACUGCUCUCAAUCAUAAUAGUUUCGUACACGAUGCCAUUCGGGUCUUUCGUCAAUGCCGUACAGCAGUCGAAGAGGCACCCCUUCAGGUAUAUUGCUCCGCGUUAAUAUUCUCUCCAGAAGAAAGUCUUGUUCGACAAACCUUCAAGCAAGAAAUACCCCAGUGGAUUUCUUCACUCCCGAGAAUAUUAUAUAACUGGAACCCUUGCCUACAGACGCUCGAGGGCCAUGAAAACUGGGUCAAUUCAGUGGUGUUCUCCCCCGACGGGCGGCAGCUGGCCUCGGGCUCUCACGACCGCACCGGCUUGUCUAGGUGGUCUACAGACUGGAUCCGAUCCAUAGACCAUCUCGAUAUCGAUUUCUAUCGAGUAGGUGCCCCCGGCCACAUGGUCCACGGAUUGGAUCCGAUGGCGGUGCGGCAAGGGGAGCACAGGGGCAGGGUGAAGAAGUCUCUUCAUCUUUUGGUUGUCCGAAGUUUUCCCGGAGAUAUAAUUGGCCAAAUGACCCCUCCAGCACCCGGAUCGUUGGCUACUACCCUCCAAACGUCCAUCGUUCUAUGCGAGCGAUUCGCCUCGUCGCUGGCUCCAAAUGCCUCUGUUGAGUUGCCUCCAACGAACCCUGCCUCGCCAUCUCCGCUCGUUCUUCUGAACGCCGCGGUGACAGCAUUGAGAUCGCAGGUGACAAAGCUGUCCCUGUUAGCCAUCACCACGCCCUUCACACCGAGCGCCGUCACGACCUGUCUCCUCCCGCUUAAUGAAUCGAUCCUCACGUCUUUGGUGACGGCGGCCCUUCUUACGACACCCGAACAGUUCUCUCCUUCGUUCUCUUCGGAAUGUCGCUCUCUUGUUGCUGCAGCACUUCGAGAUAUGCCAACCCUGUUGCGACUUGUGGAGAUACGAAGUCAGGCGGAGGAGCCGCAGUCAGCAGUCCUGGAAUCGGAGAAAAAAGCGUUCACAGAGGCGACUGGACGCGUGUGGGAUGAUUGUGACAAGUUGACCCCCCUGGCAAAUGAAGGUGUACCGGGCUAUGUGGUCCGCCAGUCAAAACAAUGGCUCGAGCUGAUGAAGGAUGCCGUCAAGGAGUUGGAAGAGUGGGACCCGGAGGAAGUUGUUGACGACGAGGACCUGUUUGGUGAUGCUCUCAGUGAUGAUGAUACCGAGCACGAGUCCAACGAGAAGACUGAACCGAAUGAUCGAGCGGCCAUCUCGGCUGGGGUCAAGGAACAGGCGCUCAAAGUCUUGAACCGCAUUCCCCAAAGCAUUCACGUCGUCAUCAAGCAAAGACUGGAGAAAAUGGAUGCCGCUGCCCAGACGUCUUCCAGCCAUCAUGCUCAGCUUGACACCUUGCUGAAACGGAAUCGGCAUAUUUCGGAGCUCAUUGACGAAUCCGCCGAAGGCAUGUAUUUGGGAGAUCUCGAGCUGUGUCUCAAGAAGGCGGGCGAGGCUCGUGCUCUUACCAUUGAAGUUGUCGAAUCCGUCAUGCAACCCAUGUCGCCGACAAAUUCCGCCGCCGAAGCAAAGGAAAACAAGUACGUCAAACGGGCACUGGAAUGGAUCCAACAAGUCGAUCCGGGCGGCUACGAACGAACGGCGACAUCGAAAACUACGGCAACCGGUGGUGACUCAUGA